GUACGGACAUCUUAGUCUGGCGGACUCAAAACAUCAGAUUUCCAUAACCAAAAUUCAUAGAUAAGGUCAAAAAUAGUUCUUUAAUUUAUAAUUGACAUAUAUAUUCUGUAUAAACUCUUGUGAAAUAUAUUCACAAAGCAUUAUAAGCUAUUAUAGACUCAAUCUCUACCUAUUAGUUACUUCUAGUUUGAAGUAAGCAUGAAUUGUUCGUCGACUGCAGUGCUGCUAGAAACGGUUAAUUUCGCCGCGGAGAAACAUCGUAAUCAGCGCCGCAAGGAUCCUGAAGGCACACCAUAUAUAAAUCAUCCGAUUGGGGUGGCGAGGAUUUUAAGUCAUGAGGGUGAAAUCACAGAUGUCGAAGUCAUACAAGCAGCACUGCUUCAUGACACAGUGGAGGACACCGACACCACCUUUGAAGAGCUGGAGUCUGUGUUUGGAGCAACAGUGGCCAGAAUUGUCCAGGAGGUGACCGAUGACAAGUCGCUGCCUAAAGCGGAAAGAAAACGUCAGCAAGUGGAGCACGCACCACACUGCAGCCAUCAGGCCAAGCUGGUUAAGCUAGCGGACAAGUUGUAUAACUUACGAGACCUUAAUCGUUGCACUCCCGAAGGCUGGUCAGCACAAAGGGUUCAAGAGUACUUUGAAUGGGCAUCUCAAGUGGUAAAAGGGCUUCGUGGCACCAAUGCAGCAAUUGAGGAGAAACUGCAGCAGCUCUUUUUGGAGAGAGGAGUGAAGUUAUGAUGACACAGAUUACUUGUUAAAAUUGUGGUGCUUUGUUUUCUUUGUGAUGUAAUUGACCAUGAGGGAAUGUUUCUUACCUUGUGGACAUUACAGCCAAAAUCAUUCUGAUGUUGUUCCAGGCGUGUAUCACUCUUUCUACUGUGGACACAAGAUAAUGACGUUUCCUUUUGUGUUGAUAAUGACAUAAUUCAGGUUAAAAUAACACCAGGUUGGGGAUAUUAUCAUUUGAAUUUUUGAAAUUGUGAUGCAUCUUGAGUUAUUUAAUAUUAAGAUGUUACCUUUUUUAAUCAUAUAAUUGUAUUUAAUAAAGUAUGUAUUAUACAUGCACUGAUUUCAAAUGCAAUUAAAGUUUUGUUGAAAGGGA